CUAUUUCACUGUAAUAGUUGAUUUUGGUAAUCUCUGGUUGUUGCAAAAAUAUAUCACCUUUAAACAUCGAAUCUACUAUAAAUAAAAUUUGGCAUUAUGUUCUUAACGAAUAUAUUACUUAAAAAAGCUAAGAGCAAAAGCCUUUUAGUGCUGAUAGAAAGCGUAGCAAGUGGACACAAGUAUGUAGUACCUAGGGAACGAAUACUUGAUAAAUUGGAAAUAGUUAAAUUCGAUCCCUAUGUUCAAGAUCGAGUGCUGUACCGGGAAAUCAAGAAAAUUCACAGUAUCUACUAGACAACAAUAAUUUGCAAUCUCUGAAUACCAGUCCAUCGAGUGUACAUAUUUCAUACAAUAAAGAUUUUAUAAAUAA